AUGCUCCUACCUUUUCAACUCUCACCACAAAAGCUAAAGUGUCUUGUUCAGCUUCUCUCGCUCCAAGUCUUGGUCAAAGCUAAACCUGCAAAGCUGGUCAAAGAUACUGAGAUGACAGCACCAUGCCCACCAACAGUUCUUUAUCCAACAACUGGAGGCAAUAUCCAUAGUUUUAGAGCUCUAACUCCUUGUGCCAUCUUUGACAUCCUUGCGCCGCCUUACUCCUCUGAAGAUGGACGGCACUGCACGUAUUUCCGGAAGUCCUCAAGAAAAGAUCUGCCUGGUUAUCUCGAGUUUGAAGGAGUUACAGAGCCACAAGUGACUUGGUUAGAAGAGUUUCAACCUCCCGACAACUUUGUGAUUCGCAGAGGGCUGUACAAGGGCCCUGUUAUUAGAACUUGA